GCUCUCUAGUUGCCCUCCCCUCCCUCCGUCCACCUCCCUCCUCUCAGCCAGACAUGUGCACUCAGCAGACGGCUUCAGCUCUCCAACAACCGAUGAUCGGUCAGCUGCUGCUUCUCCCUUCCCCUCCUGACCGUUCUCCUUCUUCCGUUUCUUCCCCACAACCGCCUCUAUUCAUCCCCUCCGUACUGUUCCCCUCUUCCUUUCCUCUGCCCCGUCAUUCUGCCCUGCACUUUUCUCUCGGGGAGGAUUUAGAGGCUUUUGUAAUCUCUGGCCGAGAGUCGCCGCUGCAGCUGGAAAAGCAACAGAAGAGGAGCUGGUGGAAGCCCUGGGAUAGCAGGAGGAAGAAGGAAUACCUCUGAGGGAAGAAAAGCUGCAGAGGAGAUCUGGAGCUGAGGCUGCAGGACCAUGCCGGGCUGUCUGCUGCUGCUGUCCCUACUGGUCCUGUCCACAGGAAGUGAUGCCAGAAGAAUCAGGAAGAGAGGACUCAACCAUAAGGACUACGAGUAUCCAAACCACCCCCAGUCCACGCAGCACCAAAAGAACGACCGGUGUCCACCUCCGCCCCAGAUGCUGCCGGAGCGAGCCUGCGACGUGCCGGGCUGCCGCUCAGAUUCAGAGUGUGAACGCCACAAACGCUGCUGCUACAACGGCUGCAUCUACGCCUGUCUGGAGUCUGUUCAGCCGCCACCAGUGCUGGACUGGCUGGUGCAGCCGAAGCCUCGGUGGUUGGGGGGCAACGGCUGGCUGUUAGACGGUCCUGAGGAGGUCCUGCAAGCUGAGGCCUGCAGUACGACAGAGGAUGGAGAUGAGCCUCUUCACUGUCCUACCGGCUACGAAUGUCACAUCAUCAACCCAGGAAACCCUGCUGCUGGUAUCCCGAACCGAGGGCAGUGCAUCAAGCAGCGUGGAAACUCUGAUGGACGUGGCUUGAGGCACAAAUACUUUAAGGACUACAAGGACUACUUGGGUAAGUAGUGUACUGGCUCCAACAAUGCAGUAGGCUACGAAAAACAUCAUCACAAGCACCUGGGAUGAAGUAUGUUUUCAGCCACGUGUUCACAAUCAUCUCCGUCGGGAUUUUCCUUCAGACGAAGCUUGAUGUUUUUUAUUGUCUCCUCUCAGAUCAUUAGACCUCAGCCUUAUCUACGACCACAGCUCAACCUCAGACAUCAGCCCAGUCCUGUCUGAGCUGCUCACACCUUAACCAGGACCACAUCUAACCAUUUUAACUGCAUCUACAGCUGCUACCUCCUCGUCCUGCAGUCUUUUCUUCAGUCUGAUGCACCUACAGCCAAAGAAAUCACUGCUUUAUUUUCUCUGUCUGUGAAAGGAAGAGAGCAGGGCGUGCACCAAAGCUGUUUGUCUGAAAAUCUCAAAGGAAAUAAGGAGCCUGUGCCAUUUUUCAUUUCUUUCCAGGCCUCUCUGGUUGUUAUUCUCACACACAGAUGUGCUCUCCAACCUUCAGGCUGGUCAGCAGAGAAAAUCAAGACCAUGUGGCCCUUUAACUGAUCCUCAGAAUCCUCCUGAAAUCUGUAAAGUUUUAUGGGGAAAGACAAAUAAAGUUCAGGUGUACUCGGCACAUCGUUGAAUCAAACCCAAAUGUGAUUAAAUACCUGAACUAAUAAUUCCAAUUAAAAUAAUUGAUGGCAUGUGAGUGUGUGACAGCUCUGGAGGAUUUAGCACAGAUUGUUUCACCCAACAGAUGGUGACUGUGACUUUAUUGCUCUGUGAAGCGAUAGUAAAAUAAGAUAAAAUAGUUUAUUCCAGAUGCUAAUUCUAGAGACUUCAUCUCUGAAGGAAGAAAGCUUUGAAAAACACAUUUAAAUAAGCCGACAGAAGGCAAGCGUUUGGUACCGAAACAUCAGAUUUAGAGUGAAAAUUAAACUCUGCCUUUAUCAUAUCUGGAUUUAAUUUAUGGAAACAGAUUCUCUGAAGUGAUGCCUUUAACCCUCCUGUUGUCCUCAUUUACAUGCACCAAAAAAUAUUGUUUCUUUGAAAAAAAAUCCAAAAAAUCUGCAAAAAAAUUCCCCAAUUUUCUGAAAAUUUGUAAAACCUUCAGGAAGAAAAUUCCAAUAAUUCUUUAAAAGUUUCCCUUAAAAGUUUUAUUUAAAAAAAAUCCCCAAAUUUGGCAAGAAAAUUAAUAUUUUCAAAAAAAUCCUAAAAAUAUCUAAAGUGAUUCCAUAUACGUCAGUAAAACUUCUAUUUUCUUCAAGAACAUUCAUUUAAAAAAUAAACCAAAAUCCAGUGAAAUUCGCUGGAUUUUGGUUGAUUAUUUUCUGAAUGUUCUUAAACAUUUUUAACAUUUCUUUUUUUUCACCAAAAAAUGUUCAAAGAUUUCCCAAAAUUGUUGAAAAUGUGGACAUCAGAAGUUUCACUGUGAAAAUUUUUUUUUUUUUCCCACAUUUUCAAACUUUAAAACGGGUCAAUUUGACCUGCAGGACGACAGGAGGGUUCAUUUUGGAAGUCAUACAACAAGUACUGACCAGUUAAAUAUGAUCAUUCAUAGUUUUCAUGUGUGUUUUUUAUGUCAUCCGGAGACAAAAUUAGGUUUUGACAAGCAAAAUAAAGUUCAGUGAUCGUCCCUGAUGCAGUACAGACACGCUAACAGAAAGGAACUUUGCACAGCACAGAUUUAUAGAAACGGAUCAUCAUGCUUCAGCGAACUGUUCAGGUUAAAUCAUCUCUGUUCUAAACUCAAAUGGUGCUCCGUUUAAACGCUGCCUCUAACGAUAACAGGACACUAAGCUGGUCAUGUGAUAAGCUGAAGGUGUGAAACGAAAUAAAGUGAUGAAGUGUGAAUGUUGCUGUCCUACUGGUGCUGCCUUGUUUAUUCUAAAUAAACCACAUUAUUGAGUAAAAA